AUGAAGCUCUUGUCUACAUUUAUCGUCACGGUCUCGUUGGUCGUCGGUCUUACGGCCGCCCUCCCACAGACCUAUUCGGGUGGUAGCGAAAGUGGAGAUGAGAUCCCCUGCCCAGCAGUCUACCCUUGCAUCGACUGGUAUAUCAUCCUCGAGUAUUGCUCCAACACGACCGAUCCCGCUGUCGCGACUGGAGAGAAAUUUACCGACACGAAGCCCAUCCAGUGCACCUGUGGUACCAAGGCUUUGGGCGAUGAGCCUGGAAUCUAUGCCGCGGCUGAAUGUCUCCUCUGCGACGAUGAUUUGCCAGACGCCGAUGCCGAGGUGGCGGCUCUGUGGUAUUAUACUUGCUACACCUUCGAGGAGUCGACCGCCACCGAUGCGCUGGACUGCUGGAACUCAGGUGGCGCAGACUGUCCGGCCGUGCCUGAGAAGAGAAAGAUGAGGAAGAGAGAUCUGAUGAAGCCGAAUAUGCUGAAGACCCUGAACAAGCCGAAGGGCCGACUGUUCUAG